AUGACAACAUACCUUGACGACCUCUACUCAAAGCUCGGAUCAACCUACCACGCAGCCCUCCUUUCCGGCAACCUCAUCUUCACCACCUCUGACACUCAAACCAUCACCGAGACUGAAUACAACAUCGAGUACGAAGUAUGCUACGCACCAGCUCUGGCAAAGAAGCCACAGGGGAUCCCACCAGUGGUUGAGGCAAAAACCCACGAGAAGAUUGAACGUGUCGACCCCUUCCUCCCCCACGACCCCACCCUCUUUGUCGAGGAUGCCUCGGAGCACCACAAGAUCCUCCUCAACAAGUUCUGUGUCGUCCCUCACCACUUCCUCAUCGUCACCAAAGACUUCCGCCCACAGACACAGCCGCUGUUGCCAGAAGACCUCCUCACCGCCUGGAACGCCCUCCAAGCCCUCAAGAACUCUCACCCAGACGCAAUCGCAUUCUACAACUGUGGAGCCCGCUCAGGAGCCAGUCAACCUCACAAACACCUCCAAGUCCUCCCCAUCACCCGUCCCACACCCCUCACCAACCUCGUCCGGGAAGUCAUUCAGCGUCGUCCUGGUCGUAGGGAAACUCGUCCAGGUGAACAAUUCACAGUUCCAUUUCCUUGUGUCCAUCAUGCGAUUCUGUUGCAGGACCCCGAGAACACUCCUGGCAAGGACGCGGAGGAUAUCUUGGUUGAGACGUAUAUCAAGCUGAUGGAUAAUAUGCUCAUGUCGAUCCGGGAGUAUGCCGAACAGGAGCAUUUGUCGGAGGAGGAGAGGAAUCUUGUUAUGGGUGGUGGGCGUGCUAGCGGACUUGCCUAUAACUGGAUUUUGACCAGUGAGUUCAUGAUGUUGGUUCCUCGUCGUCAGGAAUCAACCAACCCGACCGAGGACGGGAUCGCAUUGAGCAUCAAUUCUUUGGGAUUUGCGGGAAUGGUGUUGGCAAAGACACCGGAGGAACUGGAACAUGUCAAGAAGACAGGUGUGAUUGAGCUUAUUGCCGAGACGGGCUUUAUGUUUGGUAAAGAUGGCGAGGGUCGAUCAGCAGAGGAGGAGGCCCAGAAGAAGAAGGAGCAAGAGGUCCUUGAGAAGCAGAUGGGAGGCGCGCUUUCUAGCCUUUAG